GAACUGCACUGCAAAGCAAGCCAGCGAGCCAGAGGAUACGAUAUUUGGAUAGGUAUCCCCAUUCCCCCAAGAUCUCGACUUCCGUCUUGUCAGUCAAGCGACCUAUACCUAUUACAUUACCUACAUACAUACACACAUACAUACAGUAGGAUACAACACUGUUUGUCCCCAUAUUCUGAACCCAUCAUAUACCAUGGGUUCAUCUUCCCCCCUCCAUCCCUUCAAUUGCCUCCCAUUUCUCUGAUACCAAACAUUUACUCUUCUUUCUUUCUUCAUCCCUACACAUAUACCCUCUUCUCUUUGAGCCUCAAUCCCCCUCGCUCAUCUGUCUCUUUCCCUCAUCUUCACUUGAUCAUUGCUUUCUUUCUCUAUUGCCCCUCACCCAAAUCAGAUGAUACCCCUUCAUAAUGUUAAUCAAGAACGCCAGAAACAACAAAAACCUCAAGAUCAUGGAUCCAGAUUGCGCCAUAUGUUCUCAGCCAGCCAUCGCAAAAUGCGAGUGCGAAGCCAAUGGCCUCACCGUCGCUGUGAGGCAGGCUGAAGCGAGGAUGAUGACUAGUGUUUAUAACGAUAUAAGAACAUGGGUCCGUGGCCACGCACAAGACUACAUCCUCUCAUACUUCAGCGUCCUCACCACUCGCCGUAAAGACGAACACGCUGCCCAAAUCCACCGCAUAACCGAACGAGCAGCCUACUACUACAACGCACGUCCACACCCAUCUGAAAUUGCAGCAGCUGAUUCAGAGCUCAAACGCGGCAUUGAUGAAGAUUGGCGCGCAAGCGUACAACGCUACCCGGAAGUCCUCGAGUACUUCUUCAGUUUAGUUGAAUUAACUUUACCCAGCGAUGAAGAGCCUGGUGUUCGUGAUCCACCUUUAUCAGCAUUGGGCGGAGGAGGAGGAAGGAAAGUUAGAUUAAGUGAGCCUGCUCCACCAAGAGGGUCAACACCUGCUGUAUCAGACGGAGGAGAAGAAAGGGAAAGAGACAGGAGGAGAGAACAGAGAAGGAUCGGUACGCCAGCUAAUGACAGAGAAAGACAUGUCGAAAGACAGAGAAGAGAUAGUAUGAGGGCCGAAGGAAGAAAUAGACCGAUGACUGCACCACCGCCGCCAGGAGGUCCACACAUGGCGCCUGCACUUAAUACACAUAGAAGCUCGAGGGCUACUCCACAAUAUGCUCCUACGCCAGGAUAUGCGUAUGUUAAUCCUUAUUGAAAUUGAUGAUUAGUUUUCAAAAAGGGGGAGAGAACACAAAAUUGAAAGAGGAACAGAUGACUUCAGCCGUGUGUGUAUGAUUGCCACGAUGCCUGGGGUAGGGAUUAAUGAUGCCAGGCACAGCUGAAGUUAUCGAGGCCAAAAGUUAGGCCUAGCUUGCAUAGUCACUCUGGCAUCAUCCCCAGGUUUCAAGCGGGUGAUGAUGGAUUCCUGAAUUUUGGUCGAAAGUUUAUCUCAACGUCUUAUUAUCCUCAGACUACCAAGUCUGUUUAUCUCAUUUGUACAUACCAUCUCACCAUUUCGGAUCACGUUCUGCUGGAUAUUACAUUACACCUCAAUACAAUCAUAUCAUUUUAUCUUUAUCGCCCAUCAGAUGAUACGUCAACGUAUCUCAUCUCAUCACGAUUUCACUCUUCUUACAAUCAUUACGACUACAACAUGAAAUAACACGUCUUUACGAACCUUCCAUGAGACUUACGACGAAAAGAUUGGUACGGGUCUGGCUUUUUUGCUUUGGUGCAUUCAUGUUCAUCCAGUUGCAGCAUAUUAUCUAUCUAUCUCUUUCUAGGCAAGGGAUUAUAUCUUAUCUAUCUACCCAGCAUAUUAGCGUCAGUCAUGGUUAUAUUAUCCGUCUGCUUUUGGAGCUUGGUGGGAUAGGGUGGAUCUUUGUCGGUAUUUUGGUGGUUUGCAUUUCAUAUGCAUUUCGUAUUUGGCUUGGUGGAACGAUAAUUUAUGGACUCGGCAGGGAGGAAGUUUGUGGGAUUGGAUCAGUUUGUGCAUUCGUUCAUUCAUUCAUACUUGUAUAUAUUAUCAAUGAUGAAAACUGUUA